AUGAUGGUCAAACUACAGACCGCGUUACCGCGUCUGUUGGCCGCUACCGCUGGAUUUUGCGGACUUUACGGCUCUUUUACAAGCGCCGUUGUGGCCAAACCGACAAACGGUUCGUCGCAAGUCGCUCUGCAAAAGGACGCCGUUUACGACCGCCAUACUCCGGAUGCUUUAUCGUCGCGGGACCGUCUCGAGACCAGUCAAUCUCGAGUCAAUCAGGUGCAGGGCAGCUACACCAGUGCAGGAUCGGGCAAUCAGGUUUCGGGUAAAGGCGAGUAUAAUUGUCGUCGCGUUGUAUUAAACCGCGGCAUUUAAUAUUUCACAAAUUUGUCUUUGUAAAUAAAUCGUAUUGUUAAUGUUCUCGUCUACAGCGCGUAAAAGUCAAAGUAAAGAGAAUUUUAGGGUACACACGAUUUAAACGAUACACGAUUCGUGCCUUUUGUGGUGUUUUACCAAGAUGUCCGUGAAAAAAAUGAAACGUAAGAAAUAAAAAAUCAUAAUGGAAAAAAAUAAAAUAUAUUCUAUUAUACAAUAUUUAUUUAAUAUUUAUUUAUUAACUUUAAUUAAUGAAACGAGUUUUAAAAAAAGUUUUCAAUAGUUCUCUCUUCAUUGCAGUCGGAAUGCGAGCAUUUUUUUAUUUUUUUCCUCGGACGUUUGUACCCGGGGAUUAAUAACUCGCAUUGGUAAUAAAUACUUUCAGGGACCGGCACGAGGAAGCGUUUACGAGCGAUUCGACGAUCUCACAGGUACCAGGAUUUCCCUGUAAUCCUGAAAUGGGGGGGGGGAGGGCGGAGAGGGAGAAAUAGUUAUAGGCGGGACGAAUAAUAUAUUAUCGAACGAACAACAUCGGGUUCCAUCAGCGCCGGGUCCGACCGCCGGUGGCCGCGCCCAGAAGUCUGUGCGUCGGGAGCGAAUAUUCGUCUCGAAGGGAACGACCGUAUCAUAGGAAAUAUUGUGGACACGAAGGCGGACGUGUCUGGCCGGCGGUGCAGACAUGAUAUUAUUAUGAUUUUGCACACCGGCGGAUAGUGUUCGGGAUGGGAUAUUUAUAAAUAGCUAUUAUGAAUAACCGGUUCCGUGGCCGUGGCCGAUCGCGAAUGUCGUGUCUAGCCGGUAAUAAUUAUAAUAAUACAUGGGAAGUAAAAAAAAAAAAAAAAAAAAAAACACCUUAAACGGUUUUAUAAACUACAACUAAUGUAACAGCCGUACGCCUCUAUUAUGAUUAUUAUGUACACGAUAAUAUUAUGCGUAAUAUAGUAACUAACGCGCAGUACAUAAAAAAAAAUUACCCGAUAGAGUGGUACGCGCGGUUAAUAUAACAUGUCGUAUACACGGAUUGUUAUUAUUUUGGGCGGUUUUUGCGAGAGAUAUAAGUAAAAAAAAAAAAAUAAUAAUAAUAAUAAAAAACUGCCGCGUUACCGCCAACCGCGAGUUUAUUAAUUAUUUUAAUUUCGCCGGUAAUUGCUGUAAUUUCGCGGCCGUACGCGUGACGACCGAGCGCGUGUACCCAUGUUUUAUUUUUUAUUUUUUUUUUUUCUUAACAACACUAUGCGUCUACAGAUGGGAUUAGAAAAUUGGUCGUGAGCACGUUUAACCGGUUUAAUAAUCGGCAUAAAUUCAGCGACGACCCGAAUCAAAUAUCCUAUAUAUAUAUGUAAUAUAUACGUAUACAUUAUAAUAUAUUAUUAGGCGUGCGUGCGUUUCGUAUACUUAUACACAUAAUAUUUUACGUACCGAACACGUUAAACCGUCGUGCACACAAACAAAAUAUUAAAUUACCGCUAGCAUAUGUAUAUAUAUUAUAUAUAUAUAUAUACGUAUACAGGGCGAUUCUUUUAUCGCCAACCGGCGAUUUUCUCGGAGGAUUUCGAGUGAAAUUUGAUUUCUGUCGAUUUUUUGUUUGUUUUUUUUACUAACCAUUAUGGAACCGUUUAAGCUUUGUUUGAACGCUGUUUUAAAUUUGUCACCCUUAUUCGUUACUACCUGAAACGAGUAGUGAAGAUUUAUCGUUUAAAAAUAGAUAAUAUGAUGCAAUUCAUUACCAUCGCACGCUCCUCCAGUCUAAACGCGGCUUAUAACGCGGCAUAGACGGUAAAUCUGCAGAUAUCAGCUGCAGUGUUUGUGCAUAUACCCGCGUAACUAGACAACAUAUAUUCUCUUGGAAAUCUUUAGCGGAUACUCAUUUCGGGUGCAUAAAGAGUGCGGGUAACGGAAUAAAAACCGUGUUAAAAUAAAGGUUCCGUAACGGUUGAAAAGAGAAAAAAAAUCAAACUCGCUUGAAACACCCCGAGAAAAUCGCAGGUUUACGGCAAAAUAAUCGCCCUGUACAUGUAUGUAUAUAAAUAUAGUUACAAUCGAAUCGGUACAUAGACCGUCUGGGUAUAAGACGCGCGGCUGUAUACUAUAAUGUAAUAUUAUUGUUAAGGAAGGAAAAAAAAAACCGAGCAGACAUUUUACCUCGGGGUGGGUGCAGUGUGUGUCCGCCGCACGCGUAUUGUGCACACUACCGUAAUAUUAUAAGAUUAUGAGAGGCACGGUCGGAUAUUUUACAAGCUACGACGAGACGUCUGAUAAGGACAAAAUUAUAAUAUUCGAUUGUUUUUUUUUUUUUUUUUUAAUUAUCACAAGCGCGAAAUCUCGAACGUCCGCCCGACUUCAUUAAUCUCGUUUCGCUCCCCGUAUAAAAUUAUUAUUAUUACUAUUUAUUAUAUUUAUUGUAUUUAUUAUAUGAUACAUUAUAGACUACAAUGAACGUGCGGGGUUUUUUUUUUUUUUUUUCUAUAACACAUACCGUUGAGAACACUCAACCGAUUUUGCGGAAAGUCGUUUUCCGAAAGCUCGUCAGAAUCGAAAACGGAACGUAUAACCUUCCCCCUCCCAUCCCCUGUCGCACGCGUGUCGCGCGGAUAAACUAACUAUCGGAGAUUUUCAACACGAUUUCAGAUUACGACGGUUACCCAGCAGUACAAAACACUUACGGCCCGCCCAGAGAUUACUAUUACGAGGAACGGCCCGAGUACUUCCGACCGCACCAGGUCUCCGGCCAUUAUUACCCGCAGGCCGGCGGUGCGCCUCCCGGCGAGAUUUAUUAUCACCGGCAACAACAAUACGAACAACACUCGCAAAACUACGGCGGCGGCGGCGGCGGCGGCGGCGACGAAGUACACAAGCCCGGCGAAUUGAACAUCAAACCGUUGCUGUGGCCGCUGGCCGGGGUCGCGUUGCUCGGCGUGCUGUCGGCCCUCGUCAAAACGCCUACGCUGUUGCAUUUGGGCACCCUGGGUCCGUUCCGCCGUCGCCGGAGGGACGCGGCUGACGGCCGAGGAGUUACCGCGGAGGCGAUCGAAUCGCUUCUGGACAAGGUAUAUGACUUAUUUUCCGCGAAAUAACACUUAACUGUUAUCAGUUUAUCAUAAUAAAUACUUCCCGUUGAGCGUUUUCCGGUGCGGCGAGCGUGGCCGCUGAACAGUAAUUGUAAAUCGGGGCUAUUCAAGACAUCGGCGAAAACGGUGGCGUCUUUGGCGGGUAUAUGGCGUCCCGUGAACGUUCUUUUAGCACAUUCAAAAUAUAUAGAUGCAGAUGAUUUCACAGAAUUUUCAGAAUAAUAUCAUUAUAGUCCUAUUUUCGUAAUAGAUUUUACGGAAAAGGUUUUUCUCGUUUUAUCACGACAGUUUAGCGAUAACUACAUAGAUAGAUAAGAAACUGAAGUUUAAUAUCUUUAUAGAUUAGCACCGAUAUCGUUAUUGCCCAUUUUAUUUUUGUUUUUUUUUUUAUCAAAUUUAAUUCGAUAUGUACCGGAAGACAUAAACACAACAUUAAUAAUACAAUAGAAUUGGUGCUAUAUACAUUAUGGAAUAGUGAAUUUUAUUUUUAAAAAUUAUUAUUUAAAAAAAAUAUAUAAUAUUCUAUACCUAUGUACACGGUUGAGUGUAGUUUGUGCAAUUUUAAAACUCUCUACUGAAAUACAUACUGAAACCGGUCUUUGAAUAUUGUAGGUACCUAUAUUAUCAAUAGUCAAUAUUAAUAAUAAUAUGUUAUUAUAAUUGAAUGAUAAACUUGCACAUAGAAAUGUAUUCGUUUUGUCGUUAUUGUGGUAUACGUGAUCAAAGCGAACCGGCUUUAUUCAAUAUUCGUAUUGUACCCCGUGAAAAAAUGUUAAAUGACGCCCCCGAGUGAAAAUCCGGUUCACCGAACCGGGUCGUUAAAAAAUCCCACCGGACCUCUGCGCGCGCCGGUUCAACAGCGCAGUUCGCAUAACAUAUGUCUCGUGUGAACCGUUUAAAAUCGAAAUUAUACGAACUCACAUUCAAAUAAAAUAAAUGAGUGCAAUUUUUUCCAAUAAUAAACGUACUAUUCGUGCGAAAUAUAAAUAACGUACCCUUUUCAAUACAACGAUUUUUGCAAUCCCGAGUAUUUUGCGAAGUGUUUGGGUACACGUGUGAAUUAGGUAAAUGGAUUUUGCGCAUCAUCGGAUAACGAUGGAGUUGCUGGACCAACCGUGUAAACACAAUCAAUUACAUGCUAAAUAUUGGCUGAGAAAAAAUUUGAAAAAAAAUAGUUUUGAGGUGUGGGAAGUCGGAGACACAUGUCUACAGCCCCCCUCCUAGUUUUUGAUACCACGCCUAAUUGCAUGCAAAUAAUUACAAUUUAUUACACAUUACACAUAUACAAUUUACUAAUUAUAAUUUGUAUAGUAGGAUAAACUGGAUUUCCUUUUCACUUUGUAUAUUUAUAAAUUAUUAUCUGUUCAUUAUUUUCAUUUGUGGUUCCGUAUAGUAAGCAGGGUCUUUUUUAAUUAAAAAUUAAAAAUACCCAAUAUCUAAGUAGUUAAGGAAAAAAUUAAAAAUUCGGAAACUUCCUCAUUAUAACUAUGUGUUUUAAAUCAUAAGCCAGGGGUCAAAAAGUUUUAAAUUUGCUCCGCCCGGGGCAAGUGCCCUUAAGACCCUCCGUCAAAUACGGUUCUGAUAGCAAGUAUUCACAAUUGAAAAUUGAAAAAACAAUGUUACGUUUAGGUAUAUUUCGAAUUUUCAUAAAAAAUUAAUAUAGUGGGUAGUUAGAGGGCCUGGUUAUUUAUCUGCCCCGGAGCCGUUUCCCAUACAGCUACGGCGCUGAUUGAACGCGUAUUAAAAAGCGUUUCCCGUCCGAAAUCUAAAAUUUCAAGAGUUCGGUUCUUUUGCGUGGACGUGUUUUUAACGGAAAUAACACGGACAGCAUUCGUCCCAAAGUACCUAUUAUUUACGGCUGAACGAACGAAAGGAAUUAAUAACGCAUACGUUGUACCAUUAUAUACUAACCGCGACCGGGAUAUUAGCUUUACGUACGUCAACCGGAGCCCGAACGGAAUAUUACGUUAUUAUUAUUUUUUUUUAUUUUUUUUUUUUUAUAGUCGCCAGUCACGCGCUAGACGGCAAUUAUAAUUUCAGCGGCGUCUUUAUUAUUAUUAUUAUUAUUAUUAUGUUUAAUGCGAACUCGUAAUAUUAUGCUGUGGCGAAUCGAACGAGAAUGCGAUUUGUUUGUACUUAAACGCCGUCGUACACACACGCAUUAUAAUAUUAUAUCGUAUUUGUCUUUAGGGCUGUCUGAAAACGGGAAACGUUAUACCGAAACUCCACGUUUCACAUGGACAUCCGUUUGUCGAACCGUUAUUAACGUUUUAUUUUCACUACGCGUACGCCACUAAUAAAAUAUAGGUACGGAUUACAAUUGAGAAAAAAUGGGCAACGUGUCGUAAACGAGCGUAUCCACGUCGUCGUUUACCUGCCUAUAACUUUUUAUAGCAUUGUUUAACCGUUCAGUUAUUGCAAAUCAAUUACACCAAUAACGUUACACGCGCUGUUCAAAAGUUUAGGUACACUACAAUUCCAGAGUUACUUUAAAAACGUAAUUUUUUUUUCCCGGUUUAACCGACCAGCAGCGCGGGAUCUGUUUUUGCAAUACUUCCCUAGUGCCGCUGUCGGUAAUCGUUUCACUUAAAAUACGCUCUACGAAUUUCACGCUUUGCCAUUUGCGGAGAGAUUUGAGGGUUCGCACAAAUGCAAUAUACCAAUCAAACAAUGUGCAAUCCUGAGAAGACGGGCGAACUGACGUCCCGCAGCGUCCACUAACCCGUCAAGUCCAUAGCUUAACCUAACCAGUGGCGCCCAAAACCUAUACGCAAGGAGUAAAGACCGCUAUGGAUUUAACGAUUUUAUUUAGUGGGUGCGUAUCUAAGAGUCGUGACAAAGUAAAUUAUUAUAAGUAGGUUAGGUUUGGUACAGAAUAUUAUAGAAAUAUAUUGCGUACAUACAUAAUUAUUAUGGGUACUGACUGUUAUUAGUAUUUUAUUAUAACAAGAUAAUUAUAAGAUUAAUAUCGCGGUAUGAUAAACUUUAUCACGAUUUAUACACAGUCAAUAAUUUAUACAGCCGAUAUUGGUCCUAACUAUCACUUCAAAACUAAUUUUUUCUGUUGCUUUAAUAAACGUUAAAUAUUAUGCAAACUCUAAAUAAUAUUUAUCAACUGUUACGAUUCUGUUCUGGUGUGGGUGGGUAGAUGGGUGUUAAUUAUACAUCGUGUUAUACGUAUUAUUAAACACGCGGGCGCCACUAAACCGAACUUACGCUACCGCGGGCGUCGAGGUUUUCGUGACCCGGUUCACGUACAAUAGGUAUGCGUACGCAAAAUCCAAAAUCCAGAAAAAAUGAAUGGGUGUAAUAAUAAAUCACUCUGUAUACAGUCUACGCGCGCAUCGUAUACAUUGUGUAUAAAUAGAAUCGACUAGACUACCUAUACCAUAAAUAUUUAAAGAGGACACGUCUACGCUGCGCCCUUGUCGGCGUCUAUCUAAAUUUCGUAUUUAAAUUUUACUGGUACUUGUCGUGAAUCAUCGCGCAUAAUGUUUCCGGGGUUAUUCGUACUCGCCAGACGUGUUAUAAAAUAUUAAAUACAUAAUAUAUACGAAUAUUUGUAUAAUAUGGUUUACCUCCAAAAUAGCGAAAAUAAAAAAAUCGAACUCAAAAUAUUGAAUACAAAACAACGAAAAUCGUUUAGUUGAAAAAAUAAAUAGCCAAUAAAAAAUUACAGAAAAUAUAUAAAAAUUGACAUUGAAAUUUAUGAUAAAAAUUAUUGUUUUUGUUGUACGUAUUUACUAAUUUUUGAAUCUGUUUAGCCGAAUCCCUGUACUUCUUUUUUAUCCUCAUUUUAUUCAUUCCAGAUUGAUAUUACUCAUAUUUUAUUUCUUCCGAAUUCUGUUAUUUUGAAGGCAUUCAAUCAAUUUCCGUUAAAUGUAUUCCCGUUUGUAAUCUCGAAUUGGAUCCUAAAAUAUUUCACUAAAAAACAAAUUCUUAAAAUAUUUCCCAUAGUACCUAUGUUAUAUAUUUUAUACCUUCCGCCCGUGUAAAAUGUUUAGUAGACGAGAGUUGAAAAAAAAAAUCAUGAAAUGUGUGAAAAAGAAAAGCUGAACCAGCUAAUUUCUCGGAGGGUAUUAAGUGUAUUUUAUUUCUUUUAGAUUCUGAGUGGAGCGAAAAAGCUUAUGGUUUUACAAAAAUUUUAUUUUUUUUUUCUGUGUAUAAAUUUUCUACCUGAGGAUUUGCUCCGAUUUUUAUGUGUAGCACCUUUUCUAAAAGGAAAUCGGUAUGAGAAGGUACUUUAAGGUAGUCAUUUUUCAAUUUUCUCAAGAGUUUUUUCAUCAAAUGCGGAAAACCGGAAAAAAUGGAGGAAAAACGGGAAAAUGUACGAAAUAUAUUUAUUUAAUAUACGAUUUUUUUUCCAUAGACAAUUUUUACAUACAAUGGUAUGUUCUAGAACUUCUUCCACAUCUGCCUCCUCCUCCUAGGAGUCCACGAUGGCGAAGGAGGAGAUUCUAGAACAUACCUUUAUUUACUACUUAUCACUGUCAACUAAACUCAUCUAAGAAUUGUUUUUUCGUAAGUUGUGGUUUAUCGUUGCUUAUAGGUAUACAUUAAAUUACCUAUAACAAUGGUUGCACCCGUCCCCAUUAUCCUAGAACAUUUUUUUGUUUUUAAUUAUAGUGGAAUCGUUUAAUUUUUAUUUUAACAGUUUUUUCAACUCCUGAUCCGUGCAGCUUAAUUGAGUGUAUACUUUUGAUUUUUAAAUUGGAACCUCUCUCCAUCCCUUUUUUGAAUACAGAUUUGAAAAGAAACAUUUUUCUCCGGGUUUUGACGUGUAUAACAUUAUUAUCAGAUUUACCGUUUAUGAAUUUAUCAUUUAAAAGUCUAUAUGAAAUUUUUUAUCUGUAAUAGUAUUAUUAAAAUAACGUUUAAACGAUUUUAAAAUGAUUAAAAUAUUAAAAUAGAAAUCAAAAUCACUUACGAAAUCUUCCGAGAAAACUGCUGUCUUAUGAUAAAUUUAUCGCCCUGUAGAGUAUAUUUGCUAUUCUAUAAUGAUUCCAGAUACCAACAUAUUAUAAUAAAUAAAAUACACUUUGUAGUUCUUUUUUGUAUAAAUUAGCUUUUGGCGUAGGUCCAGUGUGCGUUUUACACGCACGGGCGGUGUCAUCUGUAUAACGCCAUAUAAAUAUAUAAUUUAUUCACGAGGCGAAAACCUCAAUAUGCGAACGAACUAUAUUAUAGUUUGCGUAGGUAACGUUAUUAUAUGUAUAUUGUAUAGUCUGUGUAAUUUACCAUAGAACGAAAUUGACAAAACGAUAAAUUUUAUUCCAGACGUUAAAAAAAAGAAAAAAAAACAAUUGUAAUAACCGUAUACAGUAGCGUACGUGGGUGGAAGUUAUGGGCUAUAAUAUCUCCUCCCUCUACCUCCGAAUGGCUAAAAAAUACAAUAACUACGAGUGUUUCUUUAAUGAUUUUAUCUUUUAAUUAUACAUUUUAACCAAAUUAAAGAAGGGGGAAAAAACUUGAUUUAUCGAACGAAAAUUUCCCGUUUUGGAUCCGGCUUUUAAAUUCUCUGUGCCGGGUCAGAUAUAAAUGGUAUACGUCUAUACCUAACGGAAGACGAUUUUACAAUUUAUUCAUUUACAAUGUUUAUUACUUACUACAUCCCCUACCAUUGAAAAUUCCCGGGCACGUCAAUGACCAUAUAUUUGUCGGUUAUGUUUACAUAUUACAACAUCUUCGGAGAUAUACUUUGUACGCUAAAAGUAUAUUGAUAGAUUAUUGAUAACUAGUGAAAAACGCGUAUCAAGUUUUGUUACCUAAUUUCAUGAAAAAAAAAAAAAACAACUAAAUCUGAUAUCUGAUAUGGUGCCUUCUGCAAGAUUACCAGACCUACUAAUAAACUUAUCUGCCGAAUUUUUUUUUUCACGUAGUUUAACAACCGGGUAAGGAUUAAUCAUUCGCCAUCGUGUUUGGUGUGCGACGUAGUUUCCAGCAUUUACGACCAGAAGUCUGCUUGCUUCGAAAGGUCUGUCUGCGAAGUAAUGUCCGGGAACGGAUCGAGCAGCGACAACAGGGACAAACAAAUGUUGACCGCGUAAGUUGCAAAUAGUAUAUAUUGUCGUAAGAUCUCCUAGAGUUAUGUAUUUGUCAGAUUGAUACACACAAUUUUAUGAUUUUUGUUAUUAUUGAAAAUUACACGUGAAAAGUGUGGCGGAAAAAAUAAAUGUAAAUGUAUGGAUUUUCAAUGGACCACAUAUUAUUUUCUUGGAACGAAAUUCUGCUCACGUCGGUUAUCAUCGACAUUUUGUAAUCUAUUUCUAUAUAAUAUAUAUAAAGCCGAAGAGUUUGAAGAUGUUUAAAGCGCUAAUUUCAGGUACUACCAGUCCGAUUUGAAUAAUGCACACAAAUUAACCUUAUUACGGCGUAGGCAACCGUUAAGUAAGAAAGAGCUUUUUUUAAAUUCAACAACCCCUAAAGGAUGAAAAGAAAAUGAAAGACAAUUCGUUUUUAAAAACGUACGGGAAACAACGGUUAGGACCGACGGACAAGGCAUGGUAGUUUCUAUCUUUUUAUUUUUCGAUUUUACUUUAAUUAAUCACGUAUAAUAUUAUGUAUUUAUUGGUUUUUUUUUUUUAAUACAAAAAUAACGAUUACUUAUAAUAAUAAUAAUUAUAACUAGGUCGGUUUAGAUUUCUCCUAUCAGUCACUAGUCGUAUACCUCAUUCCUUAAUAGGAUUCUCGGUAAGCCGCCGUAAUAAUUGGAUUGGCACAUUAUGGUUGAGACAGGUCAUACGUAUGCCUUCAAAUAAGUUAAAUGCUGAGAUUUAUUCGAGACCGUCUGAAAAAAAUGUAUUCGAGUGCAUAAUACAUGUUCUAUCCGUAUUAAAACUUAGUUUAUUUUAAGUUAUUUUUAAUUAUCAUCAAACGAUUUAGUUUUCCCUUUUGGGAAAUAUUUUUAUGGCGAAUUCCGAAAUGUACUUACCUGUGGUUUUCUACUACAGAGAAAAUCUAGAAGAAAAAGUUCCUGGUUUUGACCUCCCGCGGGCGAGCACAAUGGGUAACGUUAAAUAUAACAAAAACAGAACAAGGCAGUUAUGGCAGCACGCUAUUAAAAUGGGACAUGGUUAAGACGCCGAUCUCUGAGUGUGGGUUAGAUCAAACCAUUCAGCAUCUAGCGUUAAGUUGCAUCAUGACACAAAUUUGAGGAUAACGUCAUAUAACAUAACUUAGGACACAAUUUAAAAUUAGAUGUACAACGUUGGCAUCACUAUGAUACACACAAUUUAUCUGUCGUUAAUUUCUUUGUUAAAUAUUUAUUAUCGUGAUAGGCCGUGUUAUUCCUGUGUUUGGAUUUAAUUAACAUCAUUAUUAUGAAUUUAAUUUGGUUUUUUUUUUUUUUUUGGGCGUGUAAUCUUAUCCAUUACACAUGUCAUAUGCAUAAAUGUAGAAAUAUACUAAAAGCUGAGUUAGAUUGGCCUAAUCGAAAGUGCAAUGGCCUCGAGUGCGGUAGUUCGUCACUACGUUACUGUACUUCACGAUGUAAUUAUAUAGUGCGCCGCCUGCGGGUGAUCGACAGUUACGUAAUAACCGUUUGGCUUUUACCACCAGAGCGCGUAGCCGUUAGCAAAUUUUUCGCGUAUUGUGGCGUUAUUUGCUGGGCAUUUCCACUCUCCAGGCAUGUCAGAUUAUUGGGCCGAAUCAAUUCCGUCUCGUUGCGCGGCAGGGUUCCAACUGUUCCAAGUACACAGUCACUAUUUAAUAUCACGACGGGACGCAUGCGGUGGGGUGAUUUCUUCCGAACUCCGAAAUUACAGUUAUUACUGAAACUCUGUAGAAUAAUUUCUGUGCAAUCAAAUAUCUCGAACGUCGAGCCUGUCCGAUUUCGGUGUUUGUCAUUUACAUUCGAUGCACCGACAAUAAUUCUAUGGUUGAUUCGGAAUGAUUCAGAAUUAUUACUAUUGUAAAUUCGUGUACGUAUUACGGGACGAAUCCACGAGAACAGAAGGUUAAGAGAUCUGUGAGGGAUGUAUAAGAGUUUUAGGGAUACAACACAUAGUUUGUGUACCGAAUUUAACGAUAAAUAUUGCUAGCAAAAAACAAUUCUGAGUGAGGCUCGUUUAGAUUUCGAGCGCAAAAGAAUGUAUGUGAUGCGCGAGUUGGAUUUUAAACCUAGUCGAGGGCGCCGGUUUUUCAAUUUUCUUUGUAAUUGGGAAAAACGGGAAAAUUGUACGCUAUUUGUUUACGUUUUGUUUUGUAAUUCGGUUAAACAUAACCGUCGAGACCCGGUAUGUUCUUAUGAUAUUUAUAUCAUCCCAUUCUAGACGUGGUAAAAGGGUGUAAAACAUUCUGGCGAUUUUCGAGCUAUUCAUAGAAGGAGGGGGCAUCCUCGAGCUGAAGCCUACUCGGCUACCGGCCAUCCGUAUACGCAAACGUCAUUAUUCGUUUCCGCGGUUUUAACAGCCCGCCGUAUACGUGACGAUUCGUGACCGUUUUUGCCAGUGGGGCGGGUCGAGGAUUUUAUUUUUUUGGGGGGCGGGGGGUCCCAACGUUUUUCAUAAAAUUAUUAAUACACAGAUGUUAAUAAAAAAAAUAAAAAUCACGUUAUGAUCGCAUUCAAAUUUUAGUAUUAGACGAGAAAAUUGAAAGCCGAAAACGGGUAUGAUAUAUGUAUAGUGUGUAACCUAUGCGUACAAAGUUGUGACGAUAAGAACGCCAUAAGCACCUGGAGGAGUGUGUUUACCGAAAAAAUGCAUUUAACAUCUUCCGGUUUCACAUAAAUUUUAUCAUGGAUAUUUAUAAUGUCGUCAGACCGUUCAUGCGGUUCAAUCGUUUUCAAAGCUGACAAAAUAAAAUUACCUCCGACUCGCGGACGGUGUAACAGGUGCGUGCAACAACACCGCCAGAAUAAGCGAAAGUUGACGGGCGUUUGGAAAAUACGAAUUUCCCGGUCCGCGCUACCGUAGCCUUUAUUUGCUGACAUUCAAUUUUUUUUUUUUUUUGCUCUUGUUCUGAUCAACCCAGACGCCGGGUAGUCAAUGCAGGGAAUAAGGGAGGGGAUCGAGAGAUAGGAGGGGCCCCGCCGUCAAAUCGGCCGCCGGUUCUUUAGCGUUUCGUCGUUUUGUUGACAGAAUGGUGGCCAAGGUAGUCGGAAACGGACGGAUACCCGAGGAGUUUAAGGACCGCCUGGAGCGGGCCGGAACGACCGGGACGGCCGGAGGAGAUUGCGGACGGUCGUAUCCGUGCGGCGAGACGACGGAGGCGCAGAAAAACAAAUGAAUCGACAACAAGAACACCGUUCAUAUGCAUUAUUAUGUACGCCUUACGUACAUUUUUUUAACGCAAUAUUAUUUUAUAAUCACCAUCAAUAUUAUACGUAUAUGAUUGUACACGGUUUUUGUCUUUUACGAUACGCACGUUGCGCAUUGGGUUAUAUCGCAUUAAUUGUAUAAUGUAUAAUAUCCAAUAAUUUCGACUAAAAAAAAAAAUACAAUGUUACUAUUUUCCCUUCGGUUAUUGGUUCGUUUUAUUAAUUAUUAUUAUAUAUUUUUUUUUAUUUUUUUGGCUUUUAAUGUCUCGUGUAAAUAUAUGUAAUAUACAACCGUCGUGACGAUGACCUACAAUAUUCAAAUACG